CCCAGGUGUAAGGGGACGGGGAAGCACGGAGAGCACGAUGAUGGCGAGCGCUGCAGAGGAGAUCUGUCCCAGCAGUCCCAAUUCUGAAAACGGUGUCACGACCGUUCAUUUUAAAAUCACAAGGAAAAACCAGGACAGACCCUGGAAAGUGAGGUUUAUUUACCUGCAGUGCUAUUUCAUAUCUAUUGCAACCAUUCUUGGAACUGGAAUUUUGGGUCUCCCGGUCACAGUUGCCCAUGCUGGCCUUCUCCCGUUCCUCGUCUCCUUUCUGAUUGGCUUCUUCAUGCAGGGCUUGCUCAUUUACCUGUUUGUGGACCUGCUGCAGAGGUGUAGAGUGUCCCAGGUGACGUCUCGGAAGUGCUCAGUGACGGAGAGAAUACUGAUGCAGGAUGUUGGUGCGGUGGAGCCAGCUGUCACUCAAACAGAGGUCCCGGAGGAGGAAGAGGAGGAGGAGGAGGAGGAAGAUCCUGACAGGGGGCUGCUGCAGAGGGACGCUCCUGAGGGGAACCCGGAGAAGGAUCCGGAACCCAAUCUCCACGUGCUGGGGGUCCUCUUCCUCAGCAAGCCCAUGAGCCACGCCUUCAACUUCAUCCUGCUCUUCCAGUUUGUGUCCAUCGGAAUCAGCUAUGCCCUGGCGGGCAGCGAGGCCUACGCUGAACUCCUGCAGCUCAGCCAUACCUGUGUGAUCCCCGUGUUCACCUGGGGGCUCUCUCUCGCCCUCCUCCUGGCUCAGGCUGCCAUUCAGCCAAUCACCUCCCUGCUGACGCUCCUCAAAGGAACCAUGCUGAUCAUCACUGUGUCUGUGACAUUUGUGGUGGGUUCAGAAGUUCGCCAGGAGACGACGAAUGACUUUUCACAGAUUGGAAAGCCGUUCCUCAUGGGCACUGUGGCUCUGGGUGGGAUCGUUAAUGUGAUGCCCUUCUUAUUCUCUGAAAUUUCCAACAACAGAAAUCAGAUCCUGUGGUUCAGGAGAGCCAUCCUGGGGGGGCUGCUCACCUGCACUGUGCUCAACAUCUUAUGGUGCUGGGCUGUGUUGGAGAUCGUACCCCAGAUGUCUGUUCAGAAAGCCUUAGAAGACGGUAUCUGGAAUAAGAGUGCAUCCCCGCCAACGUACACACUGAUCUACUCCAAUGUGUCCCUGGAGCAGUCGGAGAGAGCCGGGGAGAUAGCUACCAUCCCACUGACGAAGAUUAUUAAUCAGAAGUACAGUCGCUUCUCCUGGGUGGCGGAGCUGAUCCAGACCUUCAUCGCCAUCAGCCUAACAGUCUCUUUUCUGGUGAUGGGAUCUGCCAUGAAGCACACAAUUGAUGGGUUGGUGGCCACUCAUUGGGAUAUGGAUGCAGAAGGCACUUCCAGGAGCUGGGAGAAGAGUCUUCCUCACUUCCUCCAGGGCUGCAACACAAGAAGAUUAGCGAAUGGAUUUAUGUCUCUUCUGGCAUUUGGGCUCAUUUUCCUAGUCGCAGUCUGUGAUCCAAAGGGGUUUGUGGUGAUGCUGGAUAAGGUGGUAUCCUUCUCCCUCAACACUGAGGUGGGCCUCUUCAUCUCCCUCAUGCUCCGGACAUCCAGGUCUGAUGCAUUCAAACACCUCUCUGUGCCUUUGCCCGUCAGUGAGAGAAUGUUCUGGCUGCACAGGAUCCUGCCUGUGUACUUCCUGUUCGCCGUGGGAUAUGACGUGUUCAGCAGUCUAACGGAGGUGGCAGAGAGCUGGAUCCAAACACAGUCUCCGCUCACCAACACCACCCUGUACCAAACACAGUUCCAGAUUACCAACACCUCCCUUCACUAAACACAGUCCCAGAUUACCAACACCUCCCUGUACCAAACACAGUCCCAGAUUACCAACACCUCCCUGUACCAAACACAGUCCCAGAUUACCAACACCUCCCUGUACCAAACACAGUCCCAGAUUACCAACACCUCCCUGUACCAAACACAGUCCCAGAUUACCAACACCUCCCUGUUACCCCCCCCCC